ACUUGAUAAAAUAUUAAGCAUGCGUUCGUUUUUGCUUCAUGUAGGAAGGUGUAAAUAAAAUGUUACCUAAUAGAGAGCAUACCAUCAACUCACAAGAGAAUGAUAAUUGAUCAAAGUUCCAAUGUUGUCAUUUUUAACUAGCGUUACAUGUAUAAUUAUUAUGUAAGUUGAUAAGUAGGUAAGUAUUAAUCACGAUAUAGUCAAAUGACCAAAACGUGGCAAUCAAUUUACUUAUUAUGAGUCAUAAAUAUCAAUCGUACUCACCAUGCCCGGUGAUACGUACGAAUCCUUGAAUUAAAUUCUUCUUCUUUUUCCUUGUCGUAUUCUCAUGGCUAAGGGGCGUGACGACCGUGGACACUCUUUACCAGUUCUCUCCAAGCCGCUCUAUCUUGGGCCCAGUGCAUGCUAGCCUUCAAUGUGGCUUUUGUCUCAGACAUUAUUCUAUCCGCUGAACGCGUGGCCUUACGUCCAUCUCUUCACUUCCUUGCCAUGCGGUCAGUGAUUAUGAGUUUUCCAGGCUACGAGUAUCUAUCCAGCCGUAUCCUGCUCAGAUGAAUUAAAUUAUGGCGGCUUAUUCUGAUUAUGAUAACAGGUAACAUGUAAGGGACAUUUCAUCAACCAUAAAUGUCACUUUUGACAACGACAGAUGAUAUAACCUGUUAUUAGAAUCUAAAAAAGCCUUAAUAAUUUACCAGAUUCCUCCAAUUUUUAGAAAGACAGGAGAUACAAAACUUUGUUUUAAAACUGCCGACACAUCACUUGGAUGAUUAGAAAAUGAUUUCAGUUAAGGAGUGCAGGCACUUUUAAGUCGCCAACAUGUGGAAAAGUUUGGAUCGAGUAACAAUUAUCAGUAGCUACUAAUUUGGCGUCUCUUUAAAACAAAAAUCAUGAAUGAACGUCCUUGACAUUGGAACUAUUGAAGGCAAAUAAAAAUUCACUGGUUGCUCGCGACCAUGAAUCAUUUAAAUACACAAUGUAUACAAUUUCAAAUUGACAGUAUUUCUCAAGCCGUUAUCAUGUUUAGAACAGUAUUCUAUAUCGGUUUAUUUUUUUCAUUUUUAGCAGUAAACGAAUCUGCAAGAAUUUUAGCGUGGUUUCCAGUGCCUUCAAUCAGCCAUCAAAUUGUUUUUCGACCUAUCACUCAGGAGCUUGCUAAACGUGGACAUAAAUUGACUAUUAUUACUCCCAAUCCAGCUUUUCCCAGAAAUGAGUCUCCAGAAAACCUCACGGAAAUAGACGUUCACGACAUAUCUUACGGGGCGUGGAAAAAAUAUUUCAGCAUGAGACACAAUCAAAUGACAGACGAUAUUGUGCUACAAACGGAAAUUAUUUUAGAAGCAUUGAUGGCUGUUGUUGAUAUUCAAUUGAAUACUGCGGAAAUGAAAGAUAUUAUCAACGGAACUCAGAAGUUUGACCUGUUGAUGAUAGAAGCCUGUGCUUUUUCGGCUUUGGCAAUUGUCGAAGUACUGAAUGUUCCUGUAAUCCAAGUCAGCUCAUUUGGUGCCAUCGCUGGACAGUUAGAAGCUUUCGGCGCACCGUCACAUCCUUUUCUAUAUCCACUGGCACUACGCAAGCGAACAUAUAACUUGACGAUUUGGGAGAAAGCACAGCAGCUUUAUGCAACUUGGAGAAUUAUCAGGUUGGGUGAGAAAUUUAACCCGCUUGUGAAAAAUAUGUUAAACAAGCAUUUUAGAAUUAAUGAUACGAGAAUGGACAAAUUGUUGAAAAGAGUGGAUUUGCUUUUAUUAAAUGAACAUCCUGUGUGGAGUGCUAAUCGCCCCGUGCCACCAAACAUAGUUUACAUGGGAGGAAUACACCAAAAGCCUAAAAGAAAUCUACCCCAGGAUCUACAAUCUUAUCUCGAUUCCUCAAAGCAUGGCGUGAUUUACAUGAGUUUUGGUACAAAUGUGGAUCCCUCCAGGCUUCCUCCAGAAAAGAUACAAACUUUUAUCAAAGUGUUUUCUAAACUUCCUUAUGAUGUGCUCUGGAAGUGGAAUGAAGAUGAGCUACCUGGACGCAGUCAGAAUAUAAGAAUAUUUAAAUGGCUGCCGCAGUCAGACUUACUUCAUCACCCAAAUAUUAAAUUGUUCAUAACCCAAGGUGGUCUACAGUCAACGGACGAGGCGAUCACAGCAGCCGUGUCAGUAAUCGGUGUCCCGUUCAUAGCCGACCAGUGGUACAAUGUUGAGCAGUGCGUCCACCACGGGGUGGGGAUACAGCUGGAUAUACGAACGCUCGAUAAAGAAAAGUUGGGACACGCCAUUAAAAGGGUUAUUGGAGAUGCGAGCUAUCGUAAAAACAUGGUGAAACUACGAGAUCUAAUGUACGACCAGCCGAUGUCUGCACUGGAGCGCGCGGUGUGGUGGACGGAGCACGUGUUGCGGCACGGUGGCGCGCGCCAUCUGAAGACGCCUGCGGCCGGCAUGGGCUGGGCCGACUACUACGAACUAGAACUAUUCACAUUUUUGUUAGGAGCGCUAUUAGUGUCUGUGCUAAUGGUUGUAGUAACAGUUAAGUAUGUAAUACGUUCAGUAAGGAUAUUCGCACACAGUGACAAGGUCAAGAAAAUCUAAGUCUGUAUUUUAGAAAUCUAGUUUGAAAAAAAUCCAGUGAGUAUAAUAAAUAUGUGUAAACGGAGGUGCUUUGUUUCGUAUGCUCCUGAAUUUGCCAUUUAUAUAGCAAUCAUGAUAAAUUAAAGGGUGACGUCUGGAUGACAACUGCAGCUGCAUAAUCCUAGGAAAACUCACCGUCUAUUGACGGGACUGCGGUUUUGUCUAAGUAAAAAUCAUCGGCCAUGGCAUACAUGAUAUAUGACAUACAUGACAAACAUGGUGCCAUAUCACGAGGGACUCCAUUUACGUCCCUCGACGGAUUGUCCGUGAACGUGUUAUAACAGUCUAUUUAUGAUAAAAAGAACCCUUUCAGCAACCAAGUUGCGAGCUCGAAAGCAAUAAAAACAUCAUGGAACGAUAAAACAUGUAACAAAUCAUAAUUUCCAAGUUCUAUACAAAAGUUUCACACGAGAUAUCGUAUCGUAUCGUUACCAACUGAAAAGCCGCUGUUUCGUGAUAUAUUGCCUAUGCCUCGAUUGUAGAUAAAACUCGAGACAAACUCUGAUUUGUGUAUUUUCACGUUUAAUGAAAUUUGUAUGAAAAAUAACCGAUACUACAAAUAGCUUAUAACUAAUUUAUUUGACAUACACGUUGGUCUAUUUAGGGCCUGUUUUACGAUGUCAAAGUAAAGUAUUACUUAGAUAGCUAAUUUACAAAUAAAUUAACCACCAGAUAAAAGUUCCUGCCAUAAUUAGCACUAAAUCUCCCAGCUUAUUUGAAGAUUGUGAAACGCCAAAGAUGACUUUAUUCGUCAGAUAAGUGGCAAGUAGCUUAUUCAGGACUUUACUUGGACAUUGUGAAAUAGGCCCUUAACGUUUUAAUUCAGUUUCGUUGAUAGGCUUCAAAUGCUACAAACGCUGCAUAAAUCUACUGUCAAGAUGCUAAAGGCCUUAUGAUGAUAUGAUCAUUAUUAUGAUCGCAUCGGUUAUUUUGGAACCAUCCCUUUUAAUUUAAGAGAUUAUUUUUUAAUUUCAGAAUUUUUUAAUUAUUCAAUUUACCCGACUGCUCAAUAUGUCUACCCAGACGUAAGGUAUUUGAAUCAAAAUAAUAUUUUAGUGUUUUUUCGACCUUUAGCUUAGCUGGAUGAGCUCACUACUUUCCACUUUUAGUACAUACGUAUACUAGUUUAAUAAUAGGGUAGAGCAGGACAUAUUGAGCAGAUAGGAAUGCUGAAGAUGAACAUGUUGACCCAUCGCAAGUUCUUAUGUGCGAUGCACGAGAUGGUGAGAGAAAUGAUAAAAAAAUUUUGCCCUUAUAAGUCAAAACAUUGAGGUUAAGUAUACUUUCUCCUAGAUCUCCUAAAUAGAACAAAUGCUACAGGUACAUACGUAAUAGGUACAUUUAGUCCUUACUUCAUUUAUGUGUUUAUUGAUUUAAAACACCAAAUUUAACACAACUCUUGUUAAUUAUAUUAGAAUUUUUAUUCUUAGAAAACAGGGUGCUAAUAGUUUUCCAAUUCAUGGUAUGAUGGGGCUAGUGGAUGAAUGGAAUUUAUUAUUGAAUACUAUGUAGCUGGUGUUUUUUGUUAUUUAUGAAAAAUGUACGCUAUAAAGUAUAUUUUUUAGUAGUAAUAUAUUAAUAAACAUUCAUAUGCAGAAAUUUGUUACUCGAACAACUUUCCAAAAUUAUGUUAUAAAGUUUAGCUUUUUCCAUAUACACGGUGUCUACGAGGUACCCGAGAGAUUUUAACCCGGCAUUUCUAAUGCCAAAAGAAGGAAAAAACUAAAAUAUCAGUUAAGAUCAAUUUCACAAAAAAAAAACUGUGACUCAAAAAGAAUCAGAACUUUAUUGAUAUAAAACCUAUUUUUUACAAAGUGUUACUUGUCACUUUUUGACAUCUAUCGAUAAGGAUAUUUGGACUAGGUCCCAUAGUGGCAACAUCGCCAUCAUAAAAGCGAUUUGUAUUAAGUAACGAUAAAAAGAUGUUUUUUUUUUUUGUGUCUUUAAUCCUGAAAUUAGGCGAAUUCCAAAAAAAGUUUAUAGGACAUUUUAGUAUUUAAAUAUGAUCAGGAAUAUACUGUAAAAAUCUCUCGCAAUGCUCACGGGUACCGUGUAUAUUUUCCUUGCUCAACUUACCCCAUACCCGUGCUCAACUCACCUCUUUAUUGAAGCAAGUUGUGCACAUCUGACUUUUGUUACUUAAGAACAUUUUGCUAUUUAUUACGUAAAUCAAGAAUUUUGUUUGAUGACUCCUCUCCUUUAUCCUAAACUAAUGUUCUACCGACUUCAGUAGAUUUCAUUUUUCUAAGACCACGGUUUAGGCAUUAUAAAUCGGUAAAUUCAAAUAUUUUCAAUAUGCCACGCCCUAGUGCUUAAACUAAAUAAUUAUAUCUGACGCUGUAAAAUAUGCACCACGCAUA